GCGGGACAGGCGUCUGCAUGUCUGCACGCACUCAUAAGUACGUGGACGUGCAGCUGCCGCGCUCAGAGUCAGAUCCUGCAGGUGGAGGACAGAGGUGGAGGCUGAGACGGCAGCAUGGUCCUUCUGAGGCUGGUCGCCUUCGGCUUGCUGGCUGCAGCCGGCUGGGCCGCUCCUGUUGUAGAACCCGUGGUUGUGUACGCGUGUCUCAAUGAGACUGCUCACAUGUCCUGCGAUGGCGGCAACCAGAUACACCUGAACUACAUCCUGUACAAGGUGGGGGUGGGGACGAGAUGCGGCGAGGGGAAGCAGCACCCGGACGACGGACCCGACACCUUCUGCUCCUUCCCAUGGGCUGAGAUGGUGGUGGAGGACCUCUGUAGCAGUAGGAGGUCCUGCCGGGUCCCCGUGACAGAGCUGGUGUUCGGGGAAUACCCCUGUAAAGAGGAGACCAGAUACCUGGAGGUGUCCUACACCUGCGCCAAGCCAACUCCUCCACCACCUCCUCCUCCUCCAACCAAACCCGACUGUAAGGAGAAAGAACCCAGUGAGGUCUGAGGGUUCGGCUCUUUCACAGCAAGACGACGUUCUUCUCUGACUCAGCAGAUCAUUCAGUCAGCUGUUUUUAUGCUGCAUCACAACACGCUUCAGUCACACUUUGAUGUUUGUGACACGGUCCCUCACAGGAGGCGGGGCCAGCAUCUCCUUUCACCUUAAACCUGACGUCCUCAAGACUUACACAUUAAAGCUUGUAUUUUCUACAUCUUUCACUGUUACAUUGAUUUUAUUGUCUGCUGUGUUUAUUAUACUCCAAACAACAAAAAAUAAACAUGUAAACACAACAA